AUGGCAGAGACAGCAUUCUUUCUCUUCCCCAAACUUGCGCCGGAACUUCGCUGCAUAAUUUGGCGCGAAGCUUUGCCGGAACACACUGGGCCGAGUGUAUUCUUCUUCAAAAAGGAAUGUUGGCGGCUAGAACCUGAUAAGAUUAUACCAGAGAAAGGCGAGGCGGAAAUGUGGUUCCGCCAUGAACAGUUGAACGAUGAUGUCCAAUUGGAUGUGCCUCUUUUCUACGUCAGCUAUGAAGCUCGCGGUGUUGCGCUGGAUUGGUUCCGCAAACAUGGUAUCAAGAUCAAACCACGCGAGAAUGGCCAACAUGUUUUCUCACGCUCUUUCAACCCUGAGAGUGACGCAUUAUAUAUCACCUUAGAGAGGUGGGUCGAAUUCCAACGUGGAGACGCGUAUCGUUUGGAAUAUCAUUCUUUUCUCGUUCGAUCAAAGGUUAAGCGUCUUGUCAUGCCUCUGAACCUUUUGCGACCCGCCAACAUCGACAUAAUAACAGAAAUAUUCUGGUGGUUCGAUGACGUUACGGAAAUACUACUAUUUAUCGGCAAAGGGCCCGAUCAACGAGGGGGACUUGGGCAGUAGGAGCUGACCACUUUCCCAGAG